CGCAAUUUUGAAGGAAGUUACUGUUCAAUGGCGUUGCUUUACUUCCUUUCCUGUCAAAAUAGUUGACCGAGAUGAUCGCCAACAAGAUUAUCAAGCCCGGCGGCGCUGAACCUGAUGACUUCGAAAAGUCGAUUGCCCAAGCUCUUUUGGAGCUGGAGGCCAACAGUGACCUUAAACCCUAUCUGAGAGAUUUGCAUAUUACUCGUGCGCGUGAGAUUGAGUUCGGCAGCAAAAAGGCCGUCAUAAUCUAUGUUCCCAUCCCGCAACAAAAGACGUUCCAAAAAAUUCAAAUCAUUUUGGUUCGUGAAUUGGAGAAGAAAUUUUCUGGCAAACACGUUGUAGUGAUUGGCGAACGCAAAAUUCUGCCUAAACCUACCCGUAAGGCCAGGAAUCCCUUGAAGCAAAAGAGACCACGUUCCCGUACUUUAACUGCUGUCUACGACGCUAUUCUGGAAGAUUUAGUCUUCCCAGCAGAAAUUGUUGGCAAGCGUAUCCGGGUUAAGCUGGAUGGCUCGCAAUUGAUUAAGGUGCAUUUGGACAAGAACCAACAGACGACCAUUGAGCAUAAAGUUGAUACAUUUACUUCAGUGUACAAAAAGCUCACCGGUCGAGAUGUGACCUUCGAGUUCCCAGAUAACUUCUUGAGCGUUUAAGGCUUGGCGAUGGGCAAAAUGGGGAGAUAUUAGAUAAAUCUGGAGUUAUAUGUUUUCCACAACAUACUAAAACAAAGAAACAAGAAAUAAAAUUUUUAAAAGAAACUCAAGAAUG